CAAUUGGCCAUUCAAGAUGUCGAACGUUGAGCAGAGGCCCUUUGUGCCGGCAAAGAAGGUCCCUACUGCAUAUCCUCUCAUCGAUUCCGACCCACACAUUAAGAGAGUCAUUGGAUAUGCUCGCCCCUCUGAUUACGCCGUCGGAGCUGCGACCGCGGCGGCAGGACCGGGUCUGAUGUUGCUUUGGGAGAGGAUUUCACCCUCGUUGGUUGGCAAGGGCGGCUUCGCACCUAUCAUGCGACUCUCGGGAGUGAUUGGACUGGGAGCUGGAUUUCUGACCUUCUAUCAGCGCUCCAUCCUGCGGUUCUACGGCUUCACGGAAAACAAGCGCGAGCAGGAGAUGGAUAUGAGAGAGAUGGUCGCCAAGGUCAAGAAGGGAGAGCCAUUAUACGGUGAAAGCACUCUGACAUCGUACAUGCAAGGUGUGGCGAGCCGGAACUCGAGAUACUCGGGGGUUUGGCUGCAUAUUAUUCCGUGGUUCAACUUUGUAAACCACCCGCACCACGGGGUUGAUACGGCGAAGUACUAUCAACAAGCAGAGAGGGAGUUGGAGGCCGAGAAGCAGGGACAGUAG